AUGGCUGAAGAGCCGCAGGUCAAGAAGCGAAAUCUGUGGAACCCUGCGUUGGACGAGGAUUCUGGAGAGAAGGAGAAGGUCGAGAAAAAGGCCAAGAACCAGAAUGCGAUGGCGAACGUAAGGAAAAUGCAAUGAUUUGUCGAUAAAAAUUCAUUUUCAGUUCCAGAACUGUCUCCAGAUGCUGGCCCUGCUCCAGAAGCAUCAGAAUCCGGCUCCCCAACUUCCCCAUCCCUUCCUUCAACUCUUAACCCAGCCAAAUGGUAAUCCAAUUCCUGAAACCCCCGUUUCCUCGUUGAAUUUCUCACAUCCAAUAAUCUGAUUACAGUUUCCCCUCCGUUCUUCCCAUUUCCCCCUUUAUUGCCGGCUCCCCCAAAAAAGAAAUCGGAAGACAAUCCGCCCGCGGCGCCUUCGACAGCCGGGCCAGUCCACAAUCCAAUCGUGGACACGGUUCUGGGGACAACCAAGGGACCCGUCAAUUAUAAUUGUUGUGCCAUUUGUGGACAGAGCUUCCGGCUGACCACGGACCUGGUCCAACACGUCAGGACCAAUCAUCGGCAGAACAGACAUAAGCGGAAAUAUUUGGCUGAAUGA